GGGGGCCCGGGCGGGCCACCGCGCAGGAAGAAGUCCCGCUCCGGCCCGUCUGGCCUCCGCCGCGCCUUUAGCUGGCUGCGGGGCAAGCGGCGCAAGAAGAAAGCGGCAGGGGCCGAGGGCACCGAAGCAGCCGCCCCCCGGACCAAGAAGGCGGACGACAAGGCCAGGAAGGCCAAGGGCAAAGGCCGAGGCUCCGCCAAGGCUGAGAGUGACAAACAUCUAAGUACAGGGCCCAGCCAGGGGCCAGGGUCUGUUGUGAAUGAGCACCAGGACAACGUCUUCUUCCCCAGUGGGCGACCACCUCACUUGGAGGAGCUGCACACGCAGGCCCAGGAGGGGCUCCGUUCCCUACAGCACCAAGAAAAACAGAAGCUGAACAAGGGCAGCUGGGACCAUGGAGACACCCAGAGCAUCCAGUCCUCCCGGACGGGGCCAGACGAAGACAGCAUCUCUUUCUGCAGCCAGACCACAUCCUACACAGCCGAGAGCUCCACGGCAGAGGACGCACUCUCCAUCCGCUCGGAGAUGAUACAGCGCAGAGGCUCCACCUUCCGACCCCAUGAUUCAUUUCCCAAAUCAUCUGGAAAGUCAGGGCGGCGGAGGCGAGAGCGGCGGAGCACGGUGCUGGGAUUGCCACAGCAUGUUCAGAAGGAACUAGGCCUGCGGAAUGAGCGUGAGGCACCAGGUACUCCUCGGCUUCUUGGCCCCCGGGAUGCUGUCCGUAUCCCCACAGUGGAUGGCCACCACAGUGGAGGCCUGGCCUCUGGGACUGGGGUCCGGGUGUCCCUGCAGGCACUGGAGGUGGAGGCAGAAGCCAGUGCCAAGGCAGAAGCCGUGCUGCAGCGCCACAUCAACUCUGUCUACCGGGAUGAUACCUUUGUUGGCCGGUCCACCGGAGCCAGGCUCCCACCACUGACCCGGCCCAUGUCCCUGGCAGUGCCUGGGAUGACAGGAGGGGUGGGGCCUCCAGAACCCUUAAGCCCAGCCAUGUCCAUCUCGCCCCAGGCCACCUAUCUGUCAAAGCUGAUCCCACAUGCUGUGCUGCCACCCACAGUGGACGUGGUUGCCCUGGGCCGCUGCAGCCUGCGUACACUGAGCCGCUGCAGCCUGCUUUCGGCUAGCCCGGCCUCUGUCCGUUCGCUGGGCCGCUUCUCCUCAGCUUCAAGUCCACGGCCCUGCAGCCGCCACCCUUCUUCCUCCAGUGACACUUGGAGCCACUCUCAAUCCUCUGAGACCAUUGUGUCUGAUGGCUCCACCCUCUCCUCUAAGGGUGGCUCUGAGGGCCAGCCAGAGGGCUCCGUGGCUAGCACUAGUGUGGCACCUCCUCCCCAGGGGGGCAGCGGGAGGGGCUCCCCCAGUGGGGGCAGCACUGCUGAGGCCUCAGACACUGUUAGCAUUCGUAGCAGUGGGCAGUUGUCUGGCCGGAGUGUGUCCCUUCGUAAGCUGAAGCGGCCCCCGCCACCCCCCCGCCGGACCUACUCACUCCAUCAGCGGGGCUCAGCAGCCCCUGAUGGGCCCUUAGGGUUGCCGCCCAAGCCUGAGCGGAAGCAGCAGCCCCAGCCACCUCGGCCUCCCACCACUGGUGGGUCAGAAGGAGUGGGGGCAGCACCCUGUCCAUCCACCUCAGCAGGCAGCUGGGUCCCUGGCUUAUCUCCAGGUGGUUCCCGGCGUCCCCCACGCUCCCCAGAACGGACACUCUCACCCUCCAGUGGGUAUUCGAGCCAAAGUGGCACCCCUACCCUUCCUCCCAAGGGUCUGACAGGUGCCCCUGCUUCCCCAGGCAAGGCCCAGCCCCCUAAGCCAGAGCGGGUCACUUCCCUUCGGUCUCCUGGGGUUUCCGUAUCCUCCUCCCUCACUUCUCUCUGUUCUACUUCCUCUGACCCAACCCCCUCAGAUCGCUCUGGUUCCCAGAUGUCAACCACCCUGGGUGACAGGUUUGUCAUACCUCCUCACCCCAAGGUGCCUGCCCCCUUUUCCCCACCCCCCUCUAAGCCCAAGAGCCCCAAUCAGGCUGCUGCUGCUCCUGCUCCGGCAGCUCCUGGUCCUGUCUCUAUCACUGAUGUCAGUCCUGAGUCCCCUCCCAUUCCCCAGACAUCUCUGACCCUACCACAGCGAUCUCCUGUGGUCUUCAAAACCCAGUCACCCCCACCAUCCCCACCCCCAUCUUACCACCCUCCCCCCCCACCCACUAAGAAGCCAGAGUUGGUUGAAGAGGCUCUCCCCACUCCAGGGACUGCUGGGGAGUCCCUCCAAGAUCCCAGCUGGCCCCCACCCCCACCUCCUGCACCCGAGGAGCAGGACCUGUCCAUGGCUGACUUCCCCCCACCCGAGGAGGCUUUUUUCUCUCUGGCUGGCCCUGAGCCUGUAGGCCCUUCAGACCCCCUGGAGCCUGCCAGUACCUUGGUUACCUUGCCUCCUGUAGCCACUGUCCCCUCCCAGAGCCAGCCUCAUGGUACCCCAGACCCUCCAGCUCCGCCAGCCCCACCUCCUGCUAGUUCUGCCCCCCAGCUCCUGGCCAAGCUUCCUCAGAAGGAACCAGAGGGCUGCAGCAAGAGCAAUGGGGCUCCCAGGGAGGACUCUGGUGCACCCCUGGUCACACCCUCGCUCCUGCAGAUGGUGCGACUGCGCUCUGUGGGUGCACCCACAGGGGUUCCAGCCCCAGCAGCGGGGCCAUCAGCCCCCCAGAAGCCACUACGAAGGGCCCUGUCGGGCCGAGCCAGCCCAGCACCUGCACCAGCUUCAGGGCUCCAUGCUGCCGUUCGACUCAAGGCCUCCAGUCUGGCUGCCAGCGAGGGCCUUGUAGGUGCCCAACCCAAUGGACCACCUGAAGUCGAGCUGCGGUCUCCCCAGUCUCCCGCCUCUACUGCCAGCUUCAUCUUCUCCAAGGGCACUAAGAAGCUGCAGCUGGAGAGGCCUGUGUCACCAGAGUCCCAGGUUGACCUCCAGCGGAAUCUGGUGGCCGAACUUCGGAGCCUCUCAGAGCAGCGGCCGUCCCAGGCCCCAAAGAAGCAACCUAAGGCUCCCCCACCUGUGGCCCGCAAGCCCUCUGUGGGAGUUCCCCCACCCGCCUCCCCUGGUUUUCCUCGGGCUGAGUCCCUUACCGCUUCUCCCACCAAUGGGCUCCUUCAUGCUGAGAACAGGACUAAAGGGGUGCUGGCGGAGAAUGGAGGUGUUGUGCAGCUGGUAGGCCCAGAGGAGCGGAAGCAGGGCCUGCCUGGAUCAGGUUACAAGUCCUACUAG